AUGCGGCUUGUUUCCUGGCUUGUGACACCAUUGAGUUGGCUUUGGUUUUCUGACGAGGACUCUGUUGCAGAGUAUGCUCCUUUCGGGGAUAGCGGAGUGGAGUCGUCGUAUUUCGACCGCUUCAGCAACGAAGUCGUAGUUGAGUUCACUUUGUCGGGCUCGCGGGACAGUCGGGUCAUAUCGGAAACUGCCUUGACGCUGUUGAGCGAUGUCUGGGUACUCUCUCCUGAUCGUGCUCUGAUUCGACUAGACCGAGCCCAACUGGAAGACUUUCAGCGGCUGCUCCCGUCUCCUCUUCCAGUGACCACUGUGAUUGGUGACAUACCUCGGGCAGUUGUUACAAGUUAUCCGUUGACAAGGAAAUCCAAAGAUCCCCGGCGAGAGUUUCUGCCAUUUGCGGAAACCCAGGCCUUGGCCAAUAUGUCCAUUGGUAGUUCUUGGGAGGGACUGCCUAUCGGAGCCCGUCUGACUUCCGACACAGAUCUCCUUGUAGUCUGUGGUUUGCAAGGCCGUGAAUGGGCCUCCGUAGCCCUCUGCCUCCAACUGAUGGAGGAGCACCCCGAACUGUCGAUUGUCCCAGUGGCAAAUCCGGACGGGUAUAUUUAUUCUUGGGAAACAGACCGACUGUGGGUGAAAAACCGGCAGCCAACUGGAAUUAAUCUAUGUCCAGGCCAUGAUAUUGCCACAGCAGCGUUUGACAUCGAGCCACCCUCCUCGGUUCCGCCCUGUUCAGACGACUGGGCAGGCCGAGGACGGCAGACGCCCUUGGAAGCAAGAGCGAUUCGUGACGUUGCGGCCCGAUUUAGCCGCUUGGUCGCAAUUCAAGGUCUUUCGGGAUCGUCAAAUACCCAAGUGAGUCUCAGAGGUAAUUGGACAGUUUUAAGUGUGCCUGACUUUGGUAUGGGGUAUUUAUUGCCCAAACGGCACAUUGAUGCGAAUUACCAAGAGAUUAUGGCCGUGCUACAAAAGCUACUCUGA